AUGUCCAAAUGGUCGUGGUCGUCGGCAGCAAACGCAGUCGUGCACGAGUAUUCCAGAAGACCUCUCUCCACGCCUCACAACUACAGCCCGCUCCAACAACAUCAAAAACUCCUAAUCACCGGGCCCAGUGACGAUGGAAUUGGCGCAGAAAAAGGUCUCUGUCUAGCAUCCCAACCCCCCUCCACUAUCAUCCUUGCUGGUCGCAAUCGAACCAGGAUCCAACUGGUUAUUGAAAAGAUCACUCAUACCAGUCUGGCACUGAAGACAGUCCCCAUUGUUUUGGACUUGAGUGAUCUUCCCUCUGUGCGAGCAGCCGCCAAUAAGAUCAACGGAUACAUCGACCAUAUUGAUGUUCUCGCCAGCAAUGCCGCCGUCAUGUCCUAUCCGUGUAGCGCGACGAAGGAUGGGUUGGAGGUACAGUUCGGGACAAAUAUUUUUGGUCCAUCUCUCUUUACUGGUUUCGUAUCUCCCCAGGUUUCGUGA